AGGAGUGGGAAGCAUAGGCACUAGGGGAGUAGGGGGAGUUCUAAAAAGAACAAAACUGAGAAACAGAAGAGGACUUAAGAAUCAGCUGAAUUUUCAAGAAUCAAGAAUGGGAAGGAUAGGAGAUACAAUGGAAUCUUUCAAGAUCAGACAUGCCCUCUCUCAAGCUAUCACCCUUGGUAUGAUUGUAGCAUCUGCACUGAUGAUUUGGAAGGGAUUGGUAUGUGUUACUGGGUGUGAAUCUCCUAUAGUUGUUGUUCUUACUGGAAGCAUGGAACCCGGCAUCAAGAGGGGUGAUAUUUUGUUCCUCACCAUGAAUGAUGAUCCUAUAAGAGCUGGGGAAAUAGUGGUCUUUAAUGUGGAUGGUCGUUCCAUUCCAAUUGUUCACCGUGUGAUCAAGGUUCACCAACGGAAUGACAGCAGAGAAUUUGAUAUCCUAACCAAAGGGGAUAACAAUCCAGAAGAUGACAGAGGUUUAUAUUCUCCCGGUCAGCAAUGGCUGAAUCGACACCAUAUCAUUGGCAGAGCAGUGGGGUUUUUACCCUAUGUUGGCUAUGUGACCAUUAUUAUGACUGCAAAGCCAAUUGUUAAGUUUGUGCUUAUUGGUGCGCUGGGAUUGCUCCCUUUCAUCACUCAUUAAAGAGCAGUGGAACAGGCUAUAGAUUCAGCACUGGUUUUUUUUUUUUUUUUUUUUUUUUUUUUUAAGUACUUAAUUGAUAUCAUAUGAAAGUAAUUGGUAGAAGAGUUGGAUUGCACGAAAUUAAAUUAAAGCUUGGCUAAUUGCUAGCUA